GGUGCGGCCAAUCAGGCUCCGGGAUUCCGCCACCAAAACACUGUGGCUCUGAAUGGAGGCGAAGGCAAGUUCAUUCUCAUCAGAAACUUCCACAGUGCUGUAAACUCCGAUGGAAGUUAGAUUUGGCACAAGGGCAUUUACAGAGUUAGAGAGCUGAGACUUCAUUGCUUCCGAGCGUUCGCAGGCAGAGCAGGGCCCAUCUCCCAAACUACUCCGUGUAAGGAACUAUUACUUGAGUCACAUACUCAUAUAGUCAAACGUUUCAAGGUUGUCCUUUUUGGCAAGAAGCAAAAUGGUGGCUCCUCUGGUUAUCAAGCAAAUUUCUCACAACCUUGUCAAAAUCCCCAAGGCUUUUAAUAGUGCAGUUGGUCCUAACUGGAAUUUCAUACAUGCUACUAGAGACACCAGGUUGCCCAUCAAGGGUCAGAGCCGAGUGCAGAAUCUCUACCUACAUGUUGCAUGUAAAAAUGUACGAGAACUGCCUUGUUCCACAGCAAAUCUUCCGUCCCAUACUGUCACAGAAACUGUUUCUGUCACCCCAAAGCCACCAAGGGCCAGUGACAAGUCGGAUUGUUCAGAAGGCAUUCAGGCCUCGACUGGUUUGGGGGUCAAGAGAAAAGCAGAGGAACAGUGUCAAGAUAAUGUGAAUAUCAAACGAAGCAGAGCAACGGAAGGGUCAUGAGUUAGGGACUCGCUUCAAAGGAGAAUGUAUCUUUGGGAAGUGACCCCUGGGCAAGAUGAGGAAAUGACUUGUAUCAUACGUAAUGAGUGUUCUCAGUAGUAGAUAACAGUGCAAUAUGGUCAUCUCUGAAAUUUUGGUUUUGUGCCAAAUAGGAGAAUAAGGUACUGUGAUUACUGUAUUCUGUUUUGUUUUUUAUAUUUCCAUGUUAAAUUUAGAAAUAGAUAGAUAGAUAGAUAGAUAGAUAGAUAGAUAGAUAGAUAGAUAGAUAGAUAGAUAGAUAGAUAGAUAGAUAGAUAGAUAGAUAAA